AUGGCCAUCUUCGACUCCGAAAAGCGGCCCCGUGGCCUGCGUGUGCCGUCGCUGACGGCCAUGAAGAACGGCACUGCCGCCUCCGUCUCGCAGUUCUCCUUCCAUCGCAAGAACUCCAACGAGGCGCGCACUCCCGAGGAAGCCACACCGACCCUCGCCUCCAGUUACCCUGCGCCAGCACCACCGCCGACCAAGGAACUCCCGGUGCCGCCGAAGAAAGAGCUGCCGCCGCGGCCGCAGAUUUCGUCCAAGGUUCCUCCCCGCCGCGCCGUUGGGAGCAACAGCUCCCGUCCCAACGAGACCUCUGCCGUCUCAGCUUCGAGCACCUCUCCUCCACAAGGCAUUCGGCCGGCCGCGUCUCCGGUGGUGUCUUCCUUGCCGCCAAAAAACGAGCAGCCAUUGCCGCCGACGCCAUCUCGAGGUCUCCGGCAAGCCGGCCCCAUCACAACUACUGUGACCACAAGUAGUACACCGACAUCCCCACAACCCGAACAAGAGGCACCCUCGCCAUCGACUAUAAAGGCGUCUCAGGGAAUUCGACCUGCAGAGCCAACAAUUGCAACCCCGGUCUCGCCGCAGCCAGAACCAGCCCCGGUAUUUUCACCGGCACCAGCAUCUAUACCCGUACAACACGUACAACCACUCCCACCAACACCGCCAACGGCACCGCAAAUCUCCCAAUCUCCAGAGCUCGUAUCACCUGCUCCAUCUCGCCCAGUCCAACAAGCACCACCCGUGCACGCCCUGCCACCAACACCACCGCCCGUCACCCUCUCCCCACCACCAGGCGAAGCCGAGAGUGGGACAUUGACACCAUUGGAAGACUUCAUUCCAACUCCAGACGGCGCAAGUACCCCUCUAGAACAAAUGUCCAGCAACGAGCAAGCCCCGCCGGGCCUUACCCCACCGCCAGACUCCGAGCCCGCCACGGCCCCGCUGAAUACAGUGCAUUAUGUCUGUUUCCAGGAACACCGCAACAUGCCAGUGUCGCAGAACGUGUGGUGUCCGACGCUCUGCAUGACCUGCCACAAGAACGACCGGGAGAUCCGGUAUAGAUGUGUGCAUUGUUGUUUGCGGAUCUGCGAGGGGUGUCAUGGAUUGCUGCAGAAGGGGAAGAAUCGGUCGUUGGCGGACUUGAUGAGGACACUUGAGAAAUGA